AUGGUUGUGAUCAUUUCUAGGUUGAAGACAAGGAUUGCGAAAAGGAGAAUCCCAGCUGGAGCGAGGAUUUGUGAGAUGAUGAAGGUUGAAGCAGAUGGACCUGGGUCCAGUUUAGAGACCCCCAGACCUGCAGCAUCCACAUCAGACCUGGAGGAAACACAGGACGGCAAAAAUCUCAACUAUCACAAGUUGGUGAUUAAAGAAGAGGCCCUCCCAGACUGGAGCUCCAGUUUAGACCAGCAGGACCCAGAACACCCCCACAUAAAGGAGGAAGAUGAGGAACUGAGGAUUAGUCAGGAGGAAGAGCAGCCUGCUGUGAAGAGUGAGGAUGAAGAGAAACCUCCGUUAUCAAAGUCUAAGGAAAUCAAAACUGAAGACAACAGAGACACCGGAGCUUCAACCAGCGGCUCAACUGAACAGAUAGAAAUAGAACUAGAUGGAGGGGACUGCACGGAACCAAAACCACACAGAAACCUGGAUCCAGCCUGUUCUCAAAAGAACAAGACAACGAUUCACAAUAAAGGUAAAGGAUCUAAACUGCAUUCAAAAUUCACAGGACUGAUUGGAGUUCACGCUGGAGAGAAGCCAUUUGGGUGCAAUGUCUGUGGUGAAAGAUUCAAAAAGAAGUCUCAUGUUAAAGUGCACAUUAUGACACACACAGGAAAUGAAGAACAUGGCUGCGGUCUUUGUGGGAAAGUAUUUAAAAAAAAGAGUUACCUUCAGAUACAUAUGAGACUUCACACUGGCGAGAGACCAUUUGCCUGUGAUGAUUGUGGUAGAACAUUUCAUAGAAAGACCAUUCUUAAGAAUCACCUGGCAGUCCAUUCAGGAGAAAAACCAUUUUCCUGUGAUGUCUGUGGUACAAGAUUUAAAAGAGAGAAAUCUCUCAAAAACCACAUGUGGUUGAUUCACACUGCAAAGAAGCCAUUUUCUUGUACUGUUUGCAGUAAAAGAUUUUCACAAGAAGAACAUUUGAAGAGUCACAUGGGUGUUCACACAGGAGAAAAACAGUUUGUGUGUGGCUUUUGUAGUAAGGGAUUUUCACUGAAAUCAAAUCUUAAGACACACAUGCGUGUUCACACCGGAGAGAAACCUUUCACUUGCAAUAUUUGUAGUAAGGAGUUUUCUAGACAAGAUCAUCUAAAGAGUCACAUUCGUGUUCAUACGGGAGAAAAACAAUUUAUUUGUGGGGUUUGUAAGAAAGAGUUUGCACUAAAACAGAAUCUAAAGACACACAUGCGUGUUCACUCAGGUGAGAAACCGUUCACUUGCAGCAUUUGUAGUAAAGGAUUUUCUCAACAAAAUCGUCUCAAAAGUCACAUGAGUGUUCACACAGGAGAGAAACCUUUUGUCUGUAGCGUUUGUAAUAAAGAAUUUUCACAGCAGCGCAAUCUAAAAAUUCAUAUGCAUAUACAUACAGGGGAGCAGCCAUUUCUUUGCAGCAUUUGUGGUAAAGGAUUUUCACUGCAAAGGAAUCUUAAGAUUCACAUUCGCGUUCACACUGGGGAGAAACCAUUUGUUUGUAGUUUUUGUAGUAAAGGCUUUUCACGGCAAGAUUAUUUAAAAAGUCACAUGCGUGUUCAUACGGGAGAGAAACCAUUUGUUUGUGGUGUUUGUAAUAAAGGAUUUACGCAACAACAAAAUCUGAAAAGACACAUGGAGGCUCACACUCCAUGAUUCAGGUGUAGUGAAUGUUUAGGUGGGGUAAAUAAAGAUAAAUCUACAUGUGCAACUCCUUUCAGGGGAGCAAUAAUUUUAUUGUAAUAUGUGUAAACUCAGAUGAAAUCAGUAAACGUAUCUUGAAUUUCACACGAUAUGUAAUCUCUACUAUGGUGCAUUUCACAAACUAGAAAUCUAAAAAUAUCUAUCUAUCUAUCUAUCUAUCUAUCUAUCUAUCUAUCUAUCUAUCU